AGUCAUGAUGAGGAAGAUGAUGAUGAACCCAGUGGCAAGUGUACACGGGCAAACAGAAGCGCUCACUUGAGAAUCCGCCACGUCCAGGCCCGCCGCAGUGGACUUGUGGGACGGUGACUGUCACUAAGAAGAAUAUGCCAUGCAGUCAAGUGACAAACAUUUUGGUUUGGCCUGCUAGCCAAGUGGUGAAUGGCCGCUCGCGAGCAGUGGACGGGGACAGUCGUCAGGCGGCGACGGCGGCGGCGAGGGGCAUCGUGUGAGGCGCGGGAAGAAGCCGAGCACCGGCGGCAGACAACCGGAGUACCUGCGGAGGAGAGCCGGAGCGUCCUACGUCACCGGCGGCGGAGCUCCACAGACACCUCGGCGGCUUUUCUGGGGCAUUUUCAAGCCUUCGCAGUCCAAAUAGACAACAGCCGGACUUUAUUUUUUAAUUUACAUCGCUUUUUUUAAACGUGAUUUUCCCAAUAUUAUUUUUAGCGUAAAUUGCAAGCAGCAACGUUAGCGUUUAUUUGUGCUGAAUUGACUUGGUGUUCUAUUUUUUCUUUUUUUUCUUGGAAGAAAUCCAUCGCAGGAGCUGUCAGACACGAUGUUGCAUUCGGGCUUUCGUUGACGACGUUGGCUCCGAGAUUCCAUUCCUUCCUUCCUUCCUUCCGGCGGGCUUGUGAAAGUCCGCCGCUUGAGAAGCACUUAUUGGUGGCUGAGGAUGCCGCAGAGGACAUAAACCACGCUCCUUGAAGAAAUGUCAAAACAGAGAGGAACCAAAAGGUCACGGGUUUGAGCACAGGAAAAAAAAGCCCAGCGAGAGACAGGCCGAGGAGAAACGCUGCAAAGGAGGUCUCCAUGGCUACCGAUCCAGGAGAGCCCACAGGCACAGAGGACUCGACGGAGAAACCUGAUGGACACAGGGAGGAGGACCUUGAGGGCACGCGGAGGGACACAUCCGGCAGCAGCCCCGCGGCCGUCCUCCCGUCUCAGGGGUGGAGAAGGAUGGCAGGAGAGCAUGAAGGAGCUGGUCAGGAGGGUGCGGUGGCCUCGGUCACACCCGAAAUGUCCUCCUCCACCUUGCCAGUUGACACAGGGCAGAAAGGUCAGAGGAGGGAGAAGCGCUUCUUCAGGAAGAGCGUGGAGAUUUGCGAGGAGGACGAGCAAGAGGGUCUCCUGGAAGCUCCUCGCAGCGCGCCCAACCUGGACCUGCACUCCUUCGACCCCGUCUUCAGCGGCGUCCAGCAGCAAGGAGCCGUGUCCUGCACCGCCCUGCGCCAGGAUCCGUCCCGCCCCGGUGAGCAGGAGCCCGGCAAAGGCGGCCCUCCUUCUUCGCCCAGCCAAAAGGGCAAAGAGAGGGAACGCGAGCAGGAGGAGGAGGCCGAGAUGAAAGCCGUGGCCACCUCUCCCGGAGGCAGGUUCCUCAAAUUUGACAUUGAACUGGGCAGAGGAGCUUUCAAGACAGUCUACAAAGGCUUGGACACCGAGACCUGGGUGGAGGUGGCUUGGUGUGAGCUUCAGGACCGCAAGCUGACCAAGGCGGAGCAGCAGCGCUUCAAGGAAGAGGCGGAAAUGUUGAAGGGGCUCCAGCAUCCCAACAUUGUGCGCUUCUACGACUCGUGGGAGUCGGCGCUCCGUGGAAAGAAGUGCAUCGUCCUCGUCACCGAGCUCAUGACCUCGGGGACGCUCAAAACGUACCUGAAGCGUUUCAAGGUGAUGAAGCCCAAGGUGCUGCGGAGCUGGUGCCGGCAAAUCCUGAAGGGCCUUCAUUUCCUGCACACCAGGACCCCUCCCAUCGUGCACAGGGAUCUCAAAUGUGACAACAUCUUCAUCACGGGCCCCACCGGUUCGGUCAAAAUAGGCGACCUGGGACUCGCAACCCUCAUGAGGACUUCUUUUGCCAAAAGCGUCAUAGGAACCCCCGAGUUCAUGGCUCCCGAGAUGUACGAGGAGCAUUACGACGAGUCCGUGGACGUCUACGCCUUUGGAAUGUGCAUGCUGGAGAUGGCCACUUCCGAAUAUCCCUACUCCGAGUGCCAAAAUGCCGCCCAGAUUUAUCGCAAAGUGACAAGCGGUAUCAAACCGGCCAGCUUUGAGAAAGUCAACGACCCAGAGAUCAAAGAGAUUAUCGAAGGUUGCAUCCGUCAGAAUAAAAGUCAGAGGCUGUCCAUCCGAGACCUUUCGAACCACGCCUUCUUCGGUGAAGACACGGGGGUCCGCGUGGAGCUGGCAGAGGAAGACACGGGCACCCAGGACUGUUUGGCUCUACGGAUUUGGGUCGACGAGCCCAAGAAACUGAAGGGCAAGCACAAAGAUAACGAGGCCAUCGAGUUUAGCUAUGACCUGGAGAACGACAGCGCUGAGGAAGUGGCUCUGGAGAUGGUCAAGUCGGGCUUCUUCCACGAGAGCGAUGCCAAGGUGGUAGGCAAAUCCAUCCGGGACCGAGUCAAUCUGAUCAAGAAGUCUCGGGAGCGACGGCAGCAACAGCUGCUCCAGCAGCAACAGCUGCUCCAGCAGCAGAAGCAACAGCAGGGAUGGGAAGAAAGACGCGACUCCGCUCUCACGUCCGCCACCGUCUCCCAUCAAUCCAGCGCAUCACGACAAGGGGGCGGAGCAACUGGAGGAGGAGGGCAGGAGUCGGACAACCUGCCUGAAGUGGACCAGCAUGUUGUCCAAGGGGCAAGGCUGUGCCUGCCAGGGCAAAGUCUGGCGGCAACCACCUGCGACUCGUGUGCUAGCGGGCAGAGCCAGUCACUCUCUCAGCCGGGGGACUCGCUUGCGCUCUCCCAACCCAUCUCCACGUCUGUAUGCGAUUUGGCCACAAUCUGUACUGCGGCGCUGGCCGCUCCUCCGAGGCUCCCGGUGGGUGAGGGUCUUCCAAGCGUGCCGCUUGGCCAGAGCGUCAGUUUGACCAGCGUCGGCCCGCCCGUUGCUCAGAACUUUCUCCGGCCCUCCGCCGUGGUUCAGCAGGUAUCGCCAAGUAGACCUCAGCUGUAUUUUCAGUCGCAAACAUUCCCAUCAGAUGCAUUUCAACCCGCCGCCCCCCAAACGCCGCUGGCCCCCUCACAGUCCUACGUCCCCCCCAUUCCCCCGCAAGUUCUCCCUUCAUCCAUGCCACCGGGUGAUCUGGUGGUGACUAUUGUUCCCCUCGCUCAGCAGCCCCGGCCCGAGGCCCCUCCCGCCGCGCAGCUCGCUGACAUUAUUCAGCAGCCGCCAUCGCAGCCAACGCAAGCUGUCCUUCCAACGCAGCUCGGUCUCGGCGGCCAGACGUCGGGCCUUCAACAGAGCCUUCAAAGCGAGCCUCAGCAGCCCAUCUGCGUACGGCCGAGCCUUCCCCCGGCCACGGAACUGUCAGCUUUGUCGUUGCCGCCGUCGGGGCAACAUUGUCAAGCGGUCAAUGAGCGGAUCACCGUUCAAUCACAGCAGCAAGUUUUAAGGCUGGACCAACAUCAAACUUUGAUCCCCCUUGAUCAGCAGCAAACUCAACUGGAGCAGCAGCACUUAUUGGAUCGACAACAAGCUAUUAUUCAACAGCAGCAUCAAGUCGUGCCGCAGCAAGUGCUUUCGCAUCACCAUUUAGGGCAACAGUUGAAUCAACAGAUGGAAAAUCCCCAGACCAGAAUCCAGCAAGAGCAAGCCGUGCCUCAGCAGACCCAGCCCAGGCAACGAGAAGAACCGGCAGCUCUCUUACAACAGCAGCUCGUCUUCCAGCAGCAGCAGCAGCAGCAGCAGCAAAUCCAGCAACAAGGUCUUCUGCAACAACCACACGAGGUGGUGCCUCAGCAACAUCAAACGGCCAGACUGCAACAGCUUCAGGAGCAGCAAGAGCGCCAAGCCGCCGUGGUUCAAUUCCAGCAAACAGAAAAACAAGAAGAGCCCGUCGUUCCUCUUCAAAGUUGCAUCGAGCAGCAACAAUGUGAAAUGCUUCAGGCAUGCGCCCCUCAACUGAACAGCGCUCAGUUUCCGGGGCAACAAGCCGCACUGCUCGUGCAGCCGGGAGCGUAUUCGACCCGCGUCCCGCUCAGACUUCCGCUCGGCCCCGAGGUCAUUCGGCAGCUCGCCGGUGUCGUCUCGCCGGCCGUGGCCGCGCGGCCUGCCGAGGCGUCGGGCGCCGUCCCGGCUCAGGCGCUUUGCCAGCAAGUUCCCGGCCCGAACCCGAGCCACGUUGCGCUCCAUUACAGGAGCCCGCCGACCACGCGAGCAGCUCAAAUGCUGAUAGACUCCCGCAUUGUUCCUGUGCUCGUGACCUCCCAAGGGCAGGCGCAAAUCGUCAUCCAAGCCCAGAAUCUUGUCGGCGCUUAUCCUGAACCGACGACUUCCACCACCAACCAAAUGUCGGCUCAGCCUUUGCAGCCUGCUCAGUCCCGACCGACGCACAGCCAGAACGCUGACGUUCAAGUCGUGGGCCUUCAAAGCCAGACCGCUGCCCCGCUUCCAGCGACGACAAUUCCUGCUCAGAUCCCGCGAGAGCCUCAAAUGCCAGAGCUGCCGCAGCAAACUCCAAGCCAGACGCUUCUCCCGGCCCAAAGUCAGCUUCCGGCGAGCCUGUUGACCACUCAGUCGGGCAACUACUCGACGUUUCCGCGCGAUGUGAUCAAUUUUACGCACCGGCCGGUGCUGCGCUAUCAGCAGGUCGCCGGUCUCAAUCCUCUGCUGGACCCUUCGCGCGUCGUUACAGCUGCGGUCAAUAUUCCGGUGGUCCUGGCCCAGCAGCAACCAGUAGGAAGUGCCGCAAACCCCGCCCUAAUUCAGUCCGUCUCCCAGACGCUUUGUCAAGCCCAGUUGCCGGUCGAGCCCGUCCCGCCUCCACACCAGCCCUGUCCACUCGGUCAGGUUUGCGGGGAUGAGGUCGAGCCGCCGGCACGUGUGGCCGAUCAUCAUUCCCAUCAUUCAUUGGGCACGAGCGGAACGGCGGGCGAGGUGGCUUCCACUCAGAAGGCGCCGACCCAGACGUGCAUUCCAUCGCAGUUGCCGCCCGCCCGAGCGCCUCUUGUUCUCCGCGCCGUCUUCCCCGCAGUCCUGAGCCCCUCUCACCCCUCGCCUCCCCCGUCGUCACUACCAUGCCCUCAUCCUGCUCCCGCUGCGCCAGAGCCGCCGUUUCCUCCGGCGGCCCAGGUGGUGCCACCGGGGCAAGGCGACUUUCUCGCUGCUGCCGCUGCCGCUGCUCUAGACUCGCUUAAUUGCCCUGCCCCCAAACUGCCCCAAGCCUCGCCGCAAGACUCUGACAUUUCCCCGCUGGGCGUUUCUCAGGAUUGUCCGCCCCUGUCAAAUACAGAACGCCCUUCCUCAACCGGGUGUCUGCCAGCAAACGGAGAAGAAGCUCUUUUGCUCUUGGCCAACGGCAAAUUAGAAAAAGGAAAAGGCCAGAGGAGAGCGUCUUCGCUAAAACCCGAGAAGUUCCCGCAUCAAUUUCAGCUGAGUAUGCUUCAGGUGUCAGGCAGUGGGGACAAUAUGGUGGAGUGCCAGUUGGAGACCCAUAGUAACAAAAUGGUGACCUUUAAAUUUGAUAUGGAAGGAGAUGCUCCGGAGGACAUUGCGGAUUACAUGGUGGAGGAAGUCUUUGUACUGGAUGUGGAAAAGGAGAAGUUUGUCGAAGAGCUCAGAGCCAUCGUGGCAAAAGCACAGGAGAUACUUCAAAGGCAUUCACUUACCGGGUCCACCGAGCGCUUACAAGUCAGCACGCCCAGCGCCGGCUCUACGUCCGACUCAGUGCCGCACUCGUCUCCGGUGGGACGCUGGCGUUUCUUCAUCAACCAGACCAUCCGCCACAGAGACUCUCUGUCGAGCCAGGGGGCUGCCACCACACCUCCUACCGGAGAAGCAAGAACACUCCCCCCGCAAAAAACGGACCAAGAAAACGAAAGCUCCCAGAUUCUGGAGUCCUCCAGUAGCGUGUCUUCUCCUGUCUCAGCGCCGUCGACCACGAUUGCACCCACUUGGCACGCCGCCGCACCUGAAAGCACCUCUCCGACUAUUUCAGGUGGCUUCAGCGCAACCUCCGCCGACCAACGGCUCGGUGCGGCGGCCAAUUCCACGGCAGCCGACCCGACUUCCGUUCCCGCCGCCGCCGCCGCUCUGGUUAUGCCUCCCGCGUCCGCCGACGUUCAGGCUGAUGUCACAGUCAGCGCGGCUGACGUGGAGCAGAUGCUUCAGCUUGAGCAACAGGUGCAACGUCAACAAGUGCAGCAGACGCAGGAAGUGCACCAAGAGCAGAAUUCCAGUACGCUGCAAGAGUGUCAGCUCCAGCAAGUUAUGCCUCCAAGUCAGCCCCUCACAGACCAGCAACAUCUCAACACACAGCAGACCACGUACAUGCCGCAGCAACCGUUGCUUUGUAGCCAUGUGGCGCAGGCCACCCACAUCGAAAACCCAGAGCGAGGGGACACGGCCACAACCGCCCGCACACCUCCCCGACAACACCCGUUUCCCAAACAGUCUUCUCUCCAGCAGUCCGAGUCGGAGGUGUCGACUGGAGAGAUGAGCUUGACGGAUGAGGCGGCGGCGGCGUCUUUGCCGCCGCUUCGUUUGGGAGCCGGCGAAGCCACCUAUCUGCCGCUCACGCUCAGCCCGUCCCCCGCGCAGCCUUCCUCGGUGGCCGAGUCGGACAGCGAAGGUCCCCCGAAAAUCGAAUUUGGGGACAAUCGUAUGAAGACGCUGGAUGAAAAGCUGAGGAACCUGUUGUAUCAGGAGCACACUGGCGGCGCGGCGGCCGGCGGGGCAGCGUCCUCGCUGACGUCAACGUCGGCGGCCUCCACAUCUGCGGGUGGAGAUGAGUCAUCGGAGCCACAGCCGUCGUCUUUCGCGCCUCCUUCAUCUCUGCGCUCCUCGUCCUCCUCCACCACCACCUCCUCCUCCAGCUCCACCACCACUCCUGACCCGGAAAACUGUGCAGGAGUUGAGGGAGACUCCUCCGAAGUUCUUCAGUCAACAGAGAAAGGCCUGAUAGAGCCUUCCACUUCCAUCCCCCCAGCAUCUUUCCUCCCUGUCAAACAGGAUGCGCCCGCUGGGCCACAGCGUCCUCCUGUAGCAGGAGAACCGACUAUCCUAGCUUUGGCCCCACAUUCCGACAACAGCAUCACUGGAGAAGCCUUGCGGCCCCACCGCCAGCAGAUCCCCCUCCGGCACGGAACGCAGCAGCAUAAUGCAGGAGGUGGAUAUUUUGGCCUAAACCUGACAUGUCCUAGUAUCAAAAAUCCCGUUUCUAGCAAGAAAUCCUGGACUCGCAAAUUCAAAAACUGGGCAUGCAAAUUGCGCCAUUCCGCCAGCUUGUUCAAGAAGCCCAGAGUCCAGCAAGUCUCGUUAUCCGACGGAGGGUCCGGCGCUCUGUCGCUCCAAGAGGCGAAGGAGGCGGCACCACCGACUCAGAUGCGCAAAGGACGAUUCCAUGUGAUCCCGGUUCCUCCGUCCCCACCGUCCAGGAAGGCGUCCUCAAGGCGUGGCAGCGCCGACAGAAAAGUGGGCCGCUUCUCUGUGACAAAGGCCGAGACGCGGGAUGACUCGGGCCAGACGGACAGCUCCCCGGUGUCUCCUGUCCAGCUCAGGGAGAGGAGGAGAUCUCGGGUGAAGGAGGGCGAGAAAGAUGAGAGUCGAAGGACGCCGGCCGCAGGCCACCAUUCUCGAGGGCACGGGCAUAGCCACUCCCCCGUCGAUAGCAGCGAGGAUGACGACGACGGGAGUGAGUUGGAGGAUGAAGAUCUGAGAAGAGAACUGCACAAGCUGAGGGAGAAGCACAUCAAAGAAGUGGUGUCGCUUCAGGCCCAGCAGAACCAAGAGCUGCAAGAACUGUACAGACAGCUUCGCUCCCAAAAAGACCAAAGGCAAAGUCUUCCCGCUUGCUUGUCUCGAAGCCCCGCCCUUCCCGCAACGCCGCCCCUCCUCUCCCCUCGUCGACCCAGGCCGGCCAAAAUCAAACUGCGACCCCGACCUCACUCUCACAUGGAUAACAACGGAGUCACACAUGCCGGACUCCAGCAGUCGAGCGGCUUUUCGGGUACGGAACAAAGCGGAGGGCCUUCUCAUCGCAGCUCAGAGCAUCGGCCCUCGCUGCCUGCCAAAAGAGAUCAAAGCCCUGCCAAGAAGAGCACCUUCACGCUGGAAUUGCACAAGUUGCUUGACAACUGGACAAAGGAGACGGUGGGCCAGAACACGCCCAAACCGUCCCUCAAUCAGAUCAAGCACAUUCGGCAGGUGCAGGAGCUGGGAGGCUGGACCCAGACACCUGAGGUGGCUCCUCCAGCAGAUUGGUUUCCGUCGGUCCCACUGAACCCGCAGGCGCCCUCGGCUGCUACCGGCUUGCCCGCCCCUGCCCGGAACACUGGCGGAGCUGACCUGUCCAUCUCUGGCACGUCCCAGCCGCAAUCGCACACGCCCCAAGUAGCACACCUCCAGCAGCAGAUGAGCGAUCAGCAGGCCCCGCUGCGUCAGCACGUCCAGACGCCGCCCGACGUCCGGCUGCAUCAAAACCAAUCUCAGCUGCCUUCCCGCGCCGCCUCGGUCCCGUCUGCGCCACCUGGCGACGCGCCCUCUGCGGACAGCGGCGUCGCUGGCGGGGGGGCAUUUUGCACUUGUUCCUCCUCAUCUUCAAGCAACUGCUCCUCCUGUCUGAACGCUGCUGUACCUUCCAGUGCCAAAAAGAAUCACCCCACUGACAGCCCCGGCCUCCACGCCUCCUCUGGAACUGAAAUAAAACCAAGGUUGGUGUGAUUAUUUAAAAAAAAAAAAAAAAAAAAGGUGCCAGAAAAGCUGUAAUUGAGUUGGAGUGGGACAUAGCACGGAUCCAUUUGGACUAAUAGGCUGGAUUUACACUGUCGCAGAUGACGGGGACCGAGACCUGUCACAAAUCAAAAAAAGGAUUAAAAAUCUUGUCCAUAUGAACACUUUAAACUGUAUAUGUACGCUGAAAUAGGAUCCCCAAACACUUGAAACUCAUUCCACUCAUUCGGCUUCCAAAUAAAGGGCUUCUAGAUUAUUUGAUGUUGAAGGAUGCUAACAAGUAUUCUGCUAACAUGUUGACCCACCACCGGUAUGUCGUCGCUGCCCAAAAAUCUGAUUUUGGCAUAAAUUCAGAAACGCUCCGACCCGCACUGUAAAUCCAGUCUUAGUAACUGCGCAAUGGGACAUGAAUGUGAGAUGAACGGCUCUCGCGUGUACAGACAGAAGGCGACAUUGAACGCACCACCGCGGGACACGAUACUCUCGUUUCUCUCCUGCGCGUGUUUGCGUUCAUCGCGCGGCAGAGAAUUUGCAACAUAUCUCCGAAAAAACUUUUACCUGUCCACCAUCGCACCUAUGCCGGAGAUGUUUUGUUUCCGCUUAUUAAUGCUUGCGGUGAACGGACUAUCAAUUUUAAAAGUGCAAUUAGUCCUGAUCAUGGGAAUUGAUCAGCAUGUAUGUAUUGUCAUGUCUAGGUCAUCAAAUAUUUUUGUAUACGUCAAGUGAAAAAUUUUCAAAGGGGUUGGCUUACAGCACAAACUACUUCGGCGGACCAUGAAAAAUAAAUGAACAGUUUGCUACUUAGUUUCAAGAUGGAUGGCUCACAUUUACCAAAAAAGCAACGAUGACGAAUUUCUGCUGUGUGGCUCAGUCAACCCAGCGCCAAUCCGUUUGUGAAUAGAAUAAAUGUCCAUAUUUUUGGCGCUAUAAAUUUGCCAACCAAGUCAUUUUAGGUGCCAGUCCGAGCUCUAAUUUCAAUCUACCGUCUACCGGGUAGCAUUUCAUCACAUUCAGUCAAGUGCUGAUGGAAUGUCAAACAAUCGGACAGAAAAUCACAAGUGACCAACAAAUGGCAGCUAAUGCGUGACAAGCUUUUCAUUUCAUCCGGAAAUUUCCCGGCAAAACUCGAUACCGCCAACAUUUUGUGACGAAGUGUCUGCUAAAUUGUGAAUUGUCAUAAAUUGGUUGCCCUAGCGCACCAACAACCACAGCAAGCAAACCCACAGCAGAAACUUUUCCUUCCACAUAUCAAAUAUUGUGGUGCAUAGAGUGAAGCAACUGCCAAGUUUUAGUGACCCCCGGCAACUCUUUCAGAUUAGAGGGCAUGGUUCAGUGGUAGGGCGUUCGAUUCUCGACCAUCGUGACCAUGUCCAAGUGUCCUUGAGCAAGACACUGAAGCGCCAGUUGAGGAAGCAGUGGAAAGCGCUCUACAAGUGACAGCCCAUUAGCACAUUUUGCCUUUUGCAUUUUUCAGUGUGUAAGUCGUAUUGUUUUGUUUGAUCCACAUUAAAUGAACCCGUCUAAAAUGACUCAACUGACUAGGGGGCGUCAAAGUAAUCAUUGCACUUGACCGCCAACUGUCACAAGAUAAUCUGUGAGCAUUUCAUGUGCUGACUACACACUGCCAAAGGUUAAAUUAUGAACGACAACUCGAGUUCUCCAUGUUAUACAGACGUGCUGUGUGCAACAAUAUGCAAGCGGAUACAUUUCACUCAACUGGCUUAGCAGCUCAUGUAGGAUGAAACAUAUUUGCAGUGUUUCCGGACUUUGUCUUUUGCAUCUGAGGUAAUAAACAUUCAGAAAAUCAAAUAGUUGGGUUACUUUGGAAUCAUUUAGAAUUGACCAGUGAUUUUCCUGAUCCAUUGCUGUCACGUCUGAUACUAACUUGUUGACCACAAGCUUGAUUAUCACAUUGUAUGAUGUUGAGCUGGUUGUGUGUUACUGAAAUCUUAAAAAAAAAGAGCGAGAGAAAAAUACAUAUUAUUUUUGUAUUUUGAAAUGGAGAUGUUUCCUUGUAAUAUUGUGAUCCUAAUAAAUCAAAAGGCUGUUUCUCAUCCGUGUUCUGAGGGACUCGCCCUGUGUUAUGCCUGAGAACCAAUGAUGAACAAACACAUUUGGGAAAUCCUGAAAAUACAAAGUAUGUUGCUAGUGAUUUGCCCUCUGUACAUUGUAACAAACAACUUUUGCUUUUAUUUAUGUUUUCUAACUAAUCCAAAUAAAUGAUGUCCAACAUCUA